UAUAUUUAUUUGUUUAUGAGCAAGCCGGCUAGUGUUGAGCUCGAUUUGCUUCUUCUGUUUUUGCUCCCUCUUUCAGGAGUGGUGUCUGUUUGUGCUGGAUUUUUGCAACGCCGAGGGAUUUCCUUGAUUCUUGAACUUUUGGGUGGUGUUUGUAAGGAAAUUAAAAAGAUGGGGCUGUCAAAUUUCCCGAGUGCAGCCGAGGGAGUACUUCCUGUGCUGGUAAUGAACACAGUUCUUUCGGUGACCCUUUUGAAGAACAUGGUGAGAUCUGUGCUCCAAGUUGUGGGUGCUUCUGGGAAUCCACCAAAUGUAGAAGAAGACGUCCCAGAUGGCUUCCCGGACACCGAGACUAGCGCCAGGGAGAGAAGAAUUUCAAUAACAAGGUUCAAGUCUCUGCGCCACAGCAAGAGCAGUGGUUGCAGUGUCAGUGGCCGCAGCAGGCUGUUUCCAAUAAUGGAGUGUUGUGUGUGUCUGUGUAAGUUUGAGGCAGAACAGGAGGUGAGUGAGUUAUCUUGCAAGCAUUUCUUUCACAAAAGUUGUUUAGAGAAGUGGUUUGAUAACUACAACCAUAAUACCUGCCCUCUUUGUCGCUCUAUGGACUAGUUUUAGUGGUCUGUCGGAGGUUUGUCUUGUAGAAAAUACACGUCCUUGUACUUUUCUCUGUUGCCUUUUUUCUUCGUUUUACUCUGUUCUAUUUUCUUUCUUAUUUCAAAUAAAAAAAAUAGACACAGUUAUGUAACAAUCUUGCUCUGCUUUCUGUAUGUAUGGUGAGGGUUUAGAAGUACUAGAAGAUAUAAAAAUAAAGAAUGAUAGGGUUGAAUUAUAUUGUUCACGUCUCUGUUUUUCUUAAUGUUUGUGCUUGUAAAUGGGGUGCUAAUUUCAAUCUGGGAACGUAUAAUAUAUAGGAUUUCUUUAGUUCUUUGAGACUUUA